AUGUCUGGAUACUGCAGUGUUCUUCGACUUGGUACAUACAUACAACGGACUAAAGAAGUACAAGAAAGCAAUUACGGCCCCAAGACAAAUCACAGAUCUCGAAACCGAACUCUGUGGAGAAGACGACAUACGAACCAUCGCGUCAAUAUGCCGACCAGAUAAGAUUCGAUUCCGGUCCCCCUAUCGAGUCAAAAGUCUCACGAAAAAGAACCUUAGCAGCUAAAGAAAAAGCGCUGCAACAAAUCGAAGAGUCUGAAGGGGAGGCGAGCAACAUAACAUUAGGUUACAUGCGAACCCUCGCUAGAGAAUAUUCGGCAGUUUGUUAG